UACAGUGCGGACAGGUGUGUGUGUGUGUGUGUGUGUAUGGGGGGUAGAUUAUGAUUUGGCAUCUGAUGAGUUAAAAUCUUCAAUGUCCAGCCUUGUUGUUCUCUGUCCCUCUUCUUCUUUUUUUGUGUCUUUUGCGUCAGGUAUUGUAAAAAGAAGCCACUUGGAGCUCAGAUGGAGGUAGAGCGACAUAGAGAAGCAGUGAGGGAGACAUGGGGGCCGAGCUGGGCGUUGACUGACAAACCCGCUAUCCAAUCAGGAGAGAGCUCCCAGCGUGACUUCCAGCCGCGGGGGCUGAGAGGGGGAGGCGCGAUGCGGGGUAAAAAAAAAAAAAAAAAAAAAAAAAAGAAGCAAAUAGUUGAGUGAACAGCGUCAGUAGAGAGUGGAGUGGAGUGGAGGGGACCGCAGUGAGGGAGCAGGGUGCCAAGAGGAGACACCGAGCCACAGAGCAGGAGGACAAGUCUGACUUUUAUUUUAUCAUUAGGGGAGCAUCACAUAAGAAAAAAUCUCGUAUUUUUCUUUUUAUGGAUAUUGAUUUAUUUUUUCCCCUAUAACUCCUUUUCCAGACUGGUUCGAUCAUCACACCAGCAGCAGCACUGACUGACUGCGCUUCAUUGGAAUGUGCGCUUGUGGAGCAUCUCCGGGACGCGUCUGAGGAAGCAAGAGAUAGAAUAAGAAAAAGAGCUUCUGCAGUCUUUUAAAACUCCUUUAAUAAUCCUAAAAAUGCCUCUCUUUUAAUGGGACACAUUUCUCCGGACGCCUUAUACAUUUUUGGAGACUUUUACGCAUUUUGGAGACUUUGUCUCCCGACUGAAAUGGGUGAUGGGAAUGGACUUUUUCCCCAUUAACAGAGGAUAAUAAACGUUUAUACAAUAUUUUUUCUACCACAAGUGCACUUGUUUUUUUUCCCGGCGAUGAUUGUGUUUUUGAUAGCCCUGUGCAUCGCGGAUGGAGCUCUCUCUCAGAUCCGCUACUCCGUGCCGGAGGAGGCAGACCAUGGCACCUUGGUGGGGAAUAUCGCCGAGGACCUGGGUCUGGACCUUACCAAACUGGCCUCCCGCCGCUUCCAGGUGGUGCCCAACUCUCGGACACCCUACCUGGAGGUGAAUUUAGAGAACGGCGUCCUGUUCGUCAGCGACAAAAUCGACCGCGAGCAGAUCUGCAAGCAGAGCGCGAGCUGCCAGCUCAACAUGGAGGUGUUUCUGGAGAACCCGCUCGAGCUGUUUCGGGUCGAAAUCGAAGUGGUGGACAUUAACGACAACCCGCCCGCCUUCCCGGAGACGGACAUCACGGUGGAGAUCUCCGAAAGCGCCCUUCCCGGUACCCGUUUCCCGCUGGAGAGCGCCUUCGACCCGGACGUGGGCUCGAACGCGUUACGCACUUACGAUAUCACCACGAACAACUACUUCUACCUGGACGUGCAGACCCAAACGGAUGGGAACAAGUUCGCGGAGCUGGUGCUGGAGAAGCCGCUGGACCGGGAGCAGCAGGCGGCGCACAGGUACGUGCUGACAGCGGUGGACGGCGGCCAGCCUCCGCGGACCGGCACCGCGCUCUUGGUAGUCAAAGUGCUCGACUCGAACGAUAACGUGCCGGUGUUCGACCAGCCCGUCUACACGGUGAGCCUGUCGGAGAACGCUCCGGUGGGCAUGCUGGUCAUACAGCUGAACGCCACCGACAUGGACGAGGGACUGAACGGGGAAAUAGUUUACUCCUUCAGUAACCACAUCUCCGGGCGCGUGAAGGACCUGUUCAGCAUCGACCCGCGCACCGGGCGCAUCGAGGUGCGCGCGGAGGUGGACUUCGAGGAGAGCAGCUUGUACCAGAUCUUCGUCCAGGCGAAGGAUAUGGGUCCGAACGCGGUGCCCGCGCACUGCAAAGUGCUCGUUAAAGUCACCGACGUGAACGACAACGCGCCGGAGAUCACCUUCAGCACCGUCACCGAGUCGGUGAGCGAGAAGGCGGCUCCCGGUACCGUCAUCGCGCUGCUGAGCGUGACGGACCGCGACGCGGAGGAGAACGGACAGAUCCACGUGGAGAUCCUCGGUGAUGUUCCGUUCAAGUUAAAAACGUCCUUUAGGAAUUAUUUCACCAUAGUGACGGACGGCCCGUUGAACCGGGAGCUGGCGGACUCCUACUCCGUCACCGUGGUGGCCCGGGAUAAAGGGACGCCCUCACUGGCUGCCAGUAAGUCCAUCCGGGUCCAGGUGUCCGACGAGAACGACAACUCGCCCACGUUUACGCAGAGCAUAUACGAUGUGUACGUGACCGAGAACAACGUGCCAGGGGCGUACAUCCACGCUGUGACGGCUCUGGACCCGGACAUCGGUCAGAACGCGCUCAUCAGCUACUCCAUCCUAGAGUGUGACAUCCAGGGCAUGUCUGUCAAAACCUAUGUGUCCAUCAAUGAGGAGACAGGCUACCUGUACGCACUCAGGUCCUUUGAUUACGAGCUGCUGAAGGAUUUCACAUUCAUGGUCCAGGCCAAAGACGCGGGCACCCUGGAGCUCUCCUCCAACGCCACGGUCAAAGUCAUCAUCGUGGACCAGAACGACAACGUCCCCCAGGUGCUGGCCCCCCUGGGGAAGAACGGCACGGCCAAGGAGCCACUGCCACGCACGGCCGAGCCGGGCUACCUGGUGACCCGUAUCGUGGCCAUGGACGCGGACGACGGCGAGAACGCCCGGCUGUCCUACAGUAUCCAGCGGGGCAACGAGAACGGCAUGUUCCGGAUGGACUGGAGGACGGGCGAGCUGAGGACGGCGAGGCGGGUGUCGGUCAAGCGAGACCCCCACCAGCUGUACGACCUGCUGAUAGAGGUGAGGGACCACGGCCAGCCGCCGCUGUCCUCCAGCGCCAGCGUGCUGGUGGUGCUGGUGGACAGCGUGGCUGAAGGCCGCGGCGGCGCCGGCGACCGGGGGAGCACCGCGAAGGCCAAAGACGGCACCCUGGACCUCACGCUCAUCCUCAUCAUCGCCCUGGGCUCCGUCUCCUUCAUCUUCCUCCUGGUCAUGAUCGUGCUGGCCGUGCGCUGCCAGAAGGACAAAAAGCUCAACUUUUACACCUGCCUGACCAGCGAGUGCUGCCUGGGCUGCAGCUCCUGCUGCUCGCGGCAGGCCCGGGCCCGCAAGAAAAAGCUCAGCAAGUCGGAUAUCAUGCUGGUGCAAAGCGCCGGUAACGUCAGCGGGGCCAUUACAGCUCAAGUCCCCGUGGAGGAGUCAGGGAGCUUCGGCUCUCACCAUCAAAACCAGAACUAUUGCUACCAGGUAUGUCUGACUCCGGAGUCUGCCAAAACCGACCUCAUGUUCCUAAAGCCGUGUAGUCCGUCUAGGAGCACAGACACCGAUCACAACCCGUGCGGGGCCAUAGUGACAGGGUACACAGACCAGCAGCCUGACAUCAUAUCAAACGGCAGCAUUUUAUCAAACGAGACCAAACACCAGCGAGCCGAGCUCAGCUACCUGGUUGACAGGCCGAGACGUGUCAACAGCUCGGCGUUCCAGGAGGCAGACAUGGUCAGCUCCAAAGACAGCGGCCACGGAGACAGCGAGCAGGGAGACAGCGACCACGAUGCCACCAACCGAGGCCAUUCCUCCGGCGCCGAUCUUUUCUCUAACUGCACGGAGGAGUGUAAGGCUCUGGGCCACUCCGAUCGCUGCUGGAUGCCGAGCUUCGUGCCCUCCGACGGGCGCCAGGGCCCGGACUACCGCAGCAACCUCCACGUGCCCGGCAUGGACUCGGUCCCGGACACAGAGGUAUUUGAAAGCCCCGAGCAAAUGGCCGAUAAGUCAUUCUCCACCUUUGGCAAAGAGACGCCUCUCAGUCACCAACACCUCCACCUCCACCACCACCACCACCACCAAAACCACCACCUUCUCAAAAACCAUCACCUCAGCCACCACCAGGGCUCCCUAGAGAGGAAAGAGUUGGAGGCAUUUCUGCCCAGCUCCAGAGCACCUUAUAACCCAGCUUAUUUAACGAGGAAAAGGGUUUGCUAGCUCCUUUCGCGUGGACAUACCGGAGACCGCGUGACUUUGCACAAUCCCUCCCCAAUGACCACGGCUAUAAGAAAAAAGCAUCAAGUUUUCAACCCAUUUUGCCCUCCCCCCGGCCCUUAAUCCCUCCUCACUCAGCAAAAAUUUGAAAAUAAACACUCGAGACUACACUCAAAAUGAGGAACGACUCCCUUUUCUGGAAUUCCUUGGAGCACUGCCAGGCUUUGGAGGCACCCCACUCUCGGGAUUAGGAGACGGUCGGACAUGGGGGAGGGUGUGGGGAUGGAUGGAUGCAGGCAGGUAGAUGAAUAGCCUUACCGGGAGGAGCCCAUUGUCUCAGCAGGACUGAGAAACGAACAGAGGAGGAGGAGGAGGACGGACAGCGAAGACAGAGAGAUCAAACUGAACACUGAUCUCUCCAAACUUUUUCCAAUCUGCGUGUGCCUGUUUACAGCACUGAUGUAUACAUAUUUGAGGAGAAAUAAUACCCGACGAGGACUACAUAUGUGUACUGAAAGACAAAUCAAAACAAGAGCCACCCAGAAAAACCGCCACUGAGCCCUUUAGGCGUUUGUACUCCCAGCGAGACGCCAAAUUGUACAGGAGAAUCUUUGUGCAUUUCAAAAUGCAAUACCACUGUUUUAGAUUUUUCUAUUCUGUUCGUGUGGUCAGGUGUCUCUAUUCCGAUCUACUUCAAACUUUGUAAGAAAAGAUUGUGGGCAGGAUAUUCUUUUUUUUAUUUAUGUUUUAUUGAUGAGUUCUUUUUCACAUUUUGUUCUUUUUUUUUGGUUUCGGGUUUGGUUUGUUCAUCACAUCGUAGGCUUGGACAAUGUUUGACCUACACUCUUUCUGAUUCUGAGACGUCGAGUAGUUUCUAUCAUGUGUGAGAAGUGUUUACUGUACUCUUUUAAAGUUUCAAGCUGAAUAUAAAACUCUAUAUAUAAAUCUAUCUAUAUCUACUUGUUCUGAAGGCGUGCUAUCCGUUUGCUGGGUUCCACAUUCUGAUUCAGAGGUUUGACUCUUGUUUAAGUGCCCCUGAAGAAGGCUUUUCGGUUUUGUUUUUUUUCCCCAGCGGGAGACAUAAAGAGAGACAGAACAGCCUUAGCAGAUGUAAAACUCAAGUUCUCAUUGUUUGACAUUAUUUCAUUAUAUUUUUUCUUCCACUGUUGGAUAUUGGUAAAGAUCAUGUCUAUAAAUAAAAAAGGAAGGUAAUAAUUUAGAUUGAAAAAUCCAUGGUAAUUCUGUGUCAUUGUAACCAAAACUUUAAGGGUCCAUUUAUAAAGAAACAGAACAAAAACAUGGCCAAAUGCAAAAAGGUGUUGUACACAAUGCAGUGGAAUGGAGUAUACACACAUUUCUUUCUCACACAUUACAAACACAAACACACCAAUAUGCCAACAAUAAACUGAAAAACAUGGCGAAAAG